AUGAUCCUCUCGAAGAAUCUCUGCAGGAAAUGUGGAAGGAAUACAAGCAGAACAUGGUCGCAUUGGAGUCCCUAUCUAUUCCUCGCUGGGCUCGGCGUCAGCAACGACUGUACCGAAGUGCAGCUACACGGGUUCUGUGAUGCAUCAGAAGCUGCGUACGGAGCGUGCCUGUACCUCCGUUGUACUGCGUCGGAUAGCACUGUCACUGUUCGGCUGAUCACCUCCAAGUCACGAGUUGCGCCUCUGGAAAGUCUCCAGAGGAAAAAGAAGAAGAUGAGCAUCCCUCGCCUCAAGCUGUCCUCGGCACUUUUGCUGAGUCACCUGUACGAGAAGUACAGCCAGAUCCACACGAACCUUCCAGCGUACUUCUGGACAGACUCGAUGAUUGUCAAGUGCUGGCUGGCUUCGCUACCCUCUCGGUGGCAAAUCUUCGUAGCAAAUCGCGUAUCGGAGAUCCAGCAUCUCACCAAGGAUGGAGUUUGGAACCAUGUCCCGGGCACCGAAAACCCGGCAGACCUUAUCUCCCGUGGAAUGUCGCCAGCACACCUUCAGUAUCAAACACUUUGGUUCGAAGGUCCGCAGUGGUUGGCUCAAGACCAACAGUUUUGGCCCGACGCAGGCGAUCCCCCUAAUGCAGAAUUGGAUUCGGCCAUGCUGGAAGAACGACCAUCACCUGCAUUUCCAGCUCAAGCAGUACCUCCAAGCGAAAUCUUCGGAGAACGUUCGUCGUUCACGGAACUCGUCCGUAUCGUAGCACUGCUGCUUCGAUUUCGGCACAACUCGCAAAAAUGCAAUCGGCCGUCCAGGAAAACUGGUCCCCUGACGCUCGAGGAACAGGAACAGGCAACUAUCGCUCUAGUUCGCUUGUCCCAGCAGGAAUGCUACCCACAAGAGCUAAAAGAGUUGGCCAAAAGAGGAUCGGUUCACGACUCGUCCAAUAUCGCUGCGCUGCAUCCACAACUUUGUGACGGCGUGAUGCGCGUCGGCGGCCGGCUCUCUAAGGCAUCGAUAUCGUCCGAUCGCAAGCAUCCCUAUAUUCUACACCACAAGCACCCUCUCGCAACGAUGAUCCAGCUGCUGAUUUCGGCGGUCCGCGGAAAGUUCUGGCCAGUUCACAUCCACAGUUUGGCCAGGAAGGUGAUUCACGGAUGCAUCCCGUGCUUUCGCAGCAAGCCCAAGGUUUUGGACCAGUUGAUGGCUGAUCUUCCGUCAGCGAGAGUCAACCCUGCACCACCGUUCAUGAACGUCGGCGUGGACUACUGCGGUCCAUUCCAAGUCAACUACCCCAAUCGUCGAGCGAGUCCAGUGAAGUGCUACGUAGCGAUUUUUGUCUGCCUAGUAGUGAAGGCCGUCCAUCUAGAGCUGGUGAUGGACCUAACCACCCAAGCGUUCCUAGCAGCGCUGAAGCGGUUCGCAGCUCGUCGCGGCAAGCCCCAAUUGAUAAUGUGCGAUAACGCAACGACCUUCGUCGGAGCGAAACGGGAGCUAACCGAGCUGCAUCGACUGUUUCACGACCAGAAGUUCCAAGAGCAACUUAUCAAGGACACCAGUUCCGAUGGCAUCGAGUUCCGAUUCAUCCCUCCCCGCAUGCCAAACUUCGGCGGACUCUGGGAGGCGCAGGUCAAGUCCUUUAAAGGGCACUUCAAGAAGGCUGUUGGAACAAAGAUUUUGAAGGUGGACGAAAUGUUGACUGCACUGGCGCAGAUCGAAGCGGUCCUCAACUCACGUCCGCUAACCCCAAUCAGCAGUGAUCCCAGCGAUUUCGAGGCUCUAACUUCAGGGCACUUCCUGGUUCAGCGACCACUAACUGCCAUCCCGGAGCCUGAUUUGCAGGAUCUUCCCACCAAUCGCCUGUCGAAGUGGGAGACUGCUCAGCAGGUGUCACAGCAGGUCUGGAGCAGGUGGUCUACACAAUACCUCUCGGAUCUCCACAACCGCACCAAGUGGACCAAAUAG